UGUAUCUGCAUUUGCUGUCCUGUUCUCCAGAGAGCCAGAGGGGCGUACCGGUUUGUCCAGGGGAAGGACUGGGGUUUCAAGAAGUUCAUAAGGCGGGACUUCCUGUUGGACGAGGCCAAUGGGCUGCUGCCGGACGACAAGCUCACCCUCUUCUGCGAGGUGAGUGUGGUGCAGGACUCUGUGAACAUCUCCGGGCAGAACAGCAUGAACAUGGUGAAGGUUCCUGACUGCAGACUGGCCGAGGAGCUGGGAGACCUGUGGGAGAACUCCCGCUUCACAGACUGCUCCCUGUGUGUGGCAGGGCAGGAGUUCCAGGCUCACAAAGCUAUUCUAGCAGCCCGGUCGCCCGUGUUCAGUGCCAUGUUUGAACAUGAGAUGGAGGAGAGUAAGAAGAACCGUGUGGAGAUAAACGAUGUGGAGCCGGAGGUCUUCAAAGAGAUGAUGUGCUUCAUCUACACAGGCAAGGCUCCCAAUCUGGACAAGAUGGCCGACGACCUGCUCGCUGCAGCCGACAAGUACGCCCUGGAGCGACUGAAGGUGAUGUGUGAGGACGCUCUGUGCACCAGCCUGUCUGUGGACAACGCUGCUGAAAUCCUCAUCCUGGCAGACCUCCACAGCGCCGACCAGCUCAAAACACAGGCCGUGGACUUCAUCAACUACCAUGCGUCUGAGGUGAUGGAGACGUCAGGGUGGAAGUCCAUGGUGGCGUCUCACCCCCACCUGGUCGCUGAGGCGUACCGCUCGCUGGCCUCCGCCCAGUGCCCCUUCCUUGGACCCCCACGCAAACGCCUCAAACAGCCCUAAUUCCCCUGGAGGACCAGCCCUCCAGGACCGCCCCGCUCAGCCCCACCCUGCCCCAGCCUCAGAGGACGCCCCCCCCCCCCCCCGUCUGGCCCUCCAGUCUGGUCCUGCUCGCCACAGACACCCAGACAGCCUCCAGAAACGCCUGCAGCUGUCCCACCCUGGACCCCCACCCGCCACCACCCUGGACCCCCACCGCCACCACCCUACUUGGCCUCUCUGAGAUACAGCACAGACUCCUGGGACUGAGGAAGAGCACAUCCAGCUCUCCUCCCUUCUCCUUCUCCCUGUCCCCAUUCGCCUCAUCCCCCCUCCUCCUCCUCUUCCUCUUUGUUUGCAACUCCAAACUGUUAACCUUCAGCUGCAGCUCUGCAGCACCUGCAGAGAACAGACCAAUCAGGAAGAGAGGGAGGGGUGAGGUGUAGAGAAAUUGUAUAUAGAUUUUAUUUUUUGAAGUCCUUUUUUGUAAUACUUGUGUAUUCAACGUCUUACCUAUUUCUCUAAGAAAGAAAGAAGAAAACAACAUUCGAAAACCAACCUGGGAAAAAAAGGGAUAUAAAUAGUUUCUACUCAAUCCCAUUGUCAGGACCAUUGUUUUUCAACUGUUAAAAUGCAAACCAAUGUUUGAUCUGACAACUCAUAAAAUAAACUUAUUUUACAUCACUGAUGUCGCUAAACUCACA